AUGGGUAUUCUUGCUUCAUCUCUCUUGAUAGUUACUUUGAUCCUCUUUGGCAGCCAAAGCAUCAGUGCAGUGACGUACACUCAUUGGGGUCAGACCUCAUGUCCUACGGAUAGCACUGGUGCUACACUUGUGUACGAAGGCAUGACAGCUGGUAGCAAGCACUCUGAAUCGGGUGGUGGGGCACAAUAUAUCUGCCUACCAAAAGAACCGGAGUACUGGUCAGUUGGAGUUGGUACUCCUCGUACUGAAUCGUUCCUUUAUGGGGCAGAGUAUCAACUACGUCUUUAUCCUUCUCAGGUUGAAUACACAGCACCUUGUGCAGUGUGCCUUGCCUCCAAUAAGUCAUCAGUAAUAAUGAUACCAGCAAAGAUAACAUGUCCUCGAUCAUGGACACUAGAAUACAAUGGUUACCUCAUUGCUGAGUAUUAUGCUCAUCCUAACAAUGUUUUAUACGAGUGUCUAGAUGUUAAUGUAGAGACAGUACCUGGAACAUCUCAACGAGAUCCAGAAGCAUCUAUCCAUCAUGUGACAUCCACCUGUCAUGGCCUUCCUUGCCCUCCAUAUCGCACAACAAAGGAGCUGGCCUGUGCUGUCUGCUCAAAAUGA